AUGCGGCCACUGCCCACGGGAAUCUAUACACCGUUACCUUGCUUCUUUGAUGGAAAUGAAGAUCUAGUUAUCGCGAGCGCAGGAACUACCCCAGUGGUAUCUGGGUCUAUGGGCGAGGCUGUCCACUUGAGCAAUGAAGAAAAGAAACAGCUCAUCCAGUCCGCUCGCUUCGCGUUGGAUGAGAUCAGCCUACAGCAUGUCCCGAUUGUUGCGGGUACUGGAGCGGCCAGCACUCGCGAAACCAUUCAACUCUGCAAGGACGCCGCAGAAGCAGGAGCAGAUUAUGUGAUGGUAAUUCCACCAGGAUAUUAUGCGGGAGCAUUGCUGGCGGAUUAUAGUGCGAUUAAGAAAUUCUUCGUGGAUAUUGCAACGACAUCACUGGUGCCAGUGAUAAUAUACAACUUCCCUGCCGUAUCUGGUGGUAUUGAUAUGGAUAGCGAUUUGAUUGUGCAAAUUAUCAAGUCGUCUGCCAAUAUUUGUGGUGUAAAGUUGACAUGCGCUAACGUUGGCAAGUUGACUCGAGUCAUAGCUCAGAUUUCGAGCCAAUCAUUCCAACAAGAAUACCCUCGAUCAUCAACUACGCCCUUUCGGGCUAUCGAUGGCUUUAUUGACUUCUUGUUGCCAUCCAUAUCAGUUGGAUCGGCUGGUGCAAUCAGCGGUCUCCCUAAUAUAGCUCCUAAAUCGUGUGUCAAACUGUGGAAUCUUUGCCAAGACCCGAAAUCCAUUAAGGAGGCAUCCGAAUUACAGAAUCUGAUCGCCCUUGCCGACGGAGUAGCGUUGAAAAUUGGGAUUGCUGGGAUGAAGAAGUUGUUGCAUCGAAACUUCGGGUAUGGAGAUAGACCACGCCUACCACUGUUGCCGAUGGAUGAAAAAGUUGCGGACACAGUUCUAUCGAGUCCUUUCCUCAAAGCACUGUUGGACUUGGAGGCUACACUUUGA